AACUUUCUUCCACGGACCAGAUCAACUUCCACUUUACCAAAUUCCUUCAAUUUCCUUCAUCUCACAAUUUCCUCACUUCUUCAUCUUCAUCAACCAUUUCUUCCUUCCCCUGAUUCAUUUAUUCAUUUUCCCCUUGUUCAUGCGAGCUUCCAUUCCCAAGCUCUCCAAUCCCCAUCAAUGGUGACCAUUACCGAGGAACCAGACGAGUCAGUGCCGAAGCCAUCAAAGCCUAAAUCCAACAAAUCAAGUUCAUCCUCAAAACCUCCGCCGAGCUCCACCACUGCACCCCCCAAAACCCCUCCAUCUCCUACCCCAAAUCCGUUCACCUUCUGGUUCUACUUCACUUUAAUCGUCUCUUUCGUUACAUUUUUCUUCAUUUCUCUCCCUUCUCUCUCUCCCCAAGACCCCAAAUCCUGGUUUUUAAGCCUACCCACCAGCCUCCGUCAACAUUACUCAAAGGGUCGUCUUCUAAAGGUACAAAUUAGCCCUAAUUUAUCUCCAAUCGAAGUUUUCGCCGUUGAAAAUGGCGUAAAAGGAAAUGAAAAUGUGGUCAUUGUUCAUGGGCUGGGGCUGAGCUCUUACUCCUUUCGCAAGGUUUUGGACUCAUUAGGUUCCAAAGGAGUUCGUGCUCUGGCGUUUGAUCUGCCCGGCAAUGGCUUUUCCGACAAAUCCACGGCUGAGAUCGACGAGAGCUCAAAUGGGGUUUUAGGGAGGCUUUUGGAUGUCUACAAUUUGAUUCAUGAAAAGGGUAUCUUCUGGGCGUUUGAUCAGAUCAUUGAAACUGGGCAGAUUCCUUAUGAAGAAAUUCAAAAACAUGUUCCUAAGAGGAAGAUCUUGAAGCCAAUUGGGUUAGGCCCUGAAGAGAUUGGUAGCAUUUUGGGGCAAAUCGUAGAUACUAUUGGUUUAGCUCCAGUGCAUUUGGUUCUUCACGAUUCAGCUUUAUCAAUGGCGGGAUAUUGGGUUGCAGAGAAUUCAGGAUUUGUGAGGAGUUUAACUCUUAUUGAUACUUUAUCAAAGCCUUCUCUUCCUUUAUGGCUCUUGGAGUUGCCUGUUGUGAGAGAAGUUAUUUUGGGAUCAAAUUUUGUGUAUUCAAGGUUGAUCAACCUUUGCUGUUCUAAAGGGAAUGAUGCUCCCAUUGAUGUGGAGGCUCAUAGAGUUCUUUUGAAGGGCCGCGGUGGGCGGAGGGCAGUUGUUAGCAUGGGGAAGAAGUUGAAUGAUAGCUUUGACAUUUCAGAAUGGGGUGGUCUGGAUGAUCUGAAAAGUGUGCCAAUGCAGGUUAUCUGGUCGAAUGGUUGGUCGAAUGAAUGGAGUGCCGAGGGACGUCGAGUUGCUGAUGUGCUUCCACAGGCAUCCUUUGUUAAACAUUCCGGUGGACGGUGGGCUCAAGAAGAUGUAGCUGAUGUUGUAGCUGACAGUAUAGCUCAGUUCGUAUCCUCAUUACCCCCCACGGUUAGAAAAUCUGCUGAAGAGACUACUCCUGAACACAUUCAGAAAGUUUUCGAUGAAUCUGGAAAUAGCGACCACCACCACCAUCACGAUCAUGGGAGCCAUGGCAUUCAUGGAGCUGGUUACAUGGACGGAUAUGGGCUCGGCAGUCAUGCCUGGUAAACUAACAUCCUCAUCUUUCUGCAGGACACACUCUCAAGAGAAGGGGUCAGAUAUAUGAAUAUCCCAUUGAGUCCCUUUGAGUCCUUAGAUUGAUUGUACUUUUGUUUGAGCUUCUCAGGAAAGACAACCUGACGUAAACGUAUCUUGACGACUCGUAACAUCUUAGAUAUUUCAAAAGUUAUUUACUUUCUUUUUUUUCUUU